AAGUCCAGCCGGGGCAGAUCAUUAACCUGUUUAAUCUAGUCCCGCACUCUCUACACUAUAAAGCUGGCUCCCUGCAGCCUGCCUGAGAAAAGGGUUGGCACGUGGCUGCUGUGGCUGCUCAGAGACAGCAACAUGGGGCCUGCAGAACCCGUUCACACAUCCAGUCUCUGUGAAGGGCCAGUGAAGCACUCAGACAAAGCAGCCGAGCCUGAGUUUUCACCUCUAGAUGGAAGUAUGCAGGCUGAGGCCCAGGAUCAGCCCAAUGAGGGGCCCAAGAACCCCGGAGGAGCCCACACACAGACCCCAGGCUUUGAUAUGAUCUACAGAAUUGAGGAUGUACCACCCUGGUACUUGUGUGUGCUGCUUGGACUGCAGCACUACCUGACAUGUUUCAGUGGGACCAUCGCUGUGCCCUUCUUAUUGGCAGAUGCCAUGUGUGUGGGACGGGACCAGUACACUGUGAGCCAACUGGUUGGCACCAUUUUCACCUGUGUGGGCAUCACAACUCUAAUACAGACCACUUUUGGGGUCAGGUUACCCCUCUUCCAGGCCAGUGCCUUUGCUUUCCUCAUCCCUGCCAAAGCCAUUCUAGGUCUGGAGAGGUGGAAGUGUCCCCCAGAAGAGGAGAUUUAUGGAGACUGGUCACUUCCUCUCAACACCACCCAUAUCUGGUACCCCCGGAUUAGAGAGAUCCAGGGGGCCAUUAUCAUAUCCAGUCUUGUAGAGGUGGUCAUUGGGUUUGUGGGACUCCCUGGGCUCCUGCUGAACUCCAUUGGACCCCUGACCGUCACCCCCACUGUGUCUCUUAUAGGCCUGUCCGUCUUCCAGACUGCAGGAGAGCGAGCAGGCAGCCACUGGGGCCUCUCUCUGCUGUGCAUCUUCUUAAUUGUGCUGUUUGCUCAGUAUCUGAGGAACUGGGCCUUCCCCUUUCCAUUUUAUUCCCGACAUAAGGGCUGUCACAUCACUCGCUUCCAGAUAUUCAAGAUGUUUCCGAUCAUCAUGGCGAUCAUGCUGGUGUGGCUUGUGUGUUAUAUUCUCACGCUGACGGACGUGCUGCCAAAUGACCCAUCGCAGUACGGCUACAAGGCUCGCACUGAUGCUCGGGGGGAGAUAAUGUCCCAGGCUCCGUGGUUCCGCAUGCCCUAUCCCUGUCAGUGGGGCUUACCCACAGUGACGAUAGCCGGCGUGCUGGGAAUGUUCAGCGCCACUCUAGCCGGCAUAGUGGAGUCUAUUGGAGAUUACUACGCCUGUGCCCGUCUCUCCGGAGCCCCCCCGCCCCCGGUUCAUGCCAUCAACAGAGGGAUCUUCACAGAGGGCGUGUGCUGCAUCAUAGCAGGCCUGCUGGGGACCGGCAAUGGGUCCACUUCUUCUAGCCCUAAUAUUGGAGUGCUUGGCAUCACCAAGGUGGGCAGUAGACGUGUGGUGCAGUAUGGGGCUCUCAUAAUGUUCCUCUUGGGGACCAUAGGCAAGUUCACAGCCCUGUUUGCCUCCCUCCCAGAUCCAGUGCUUGGAGGAAUGUUCUGCACAUUGUUUGGUAUGAUCACAGCUGUGGGUUUGUCCAACCUGCAGAGUGUGGAUCUGAACUCUUCAAGGAACCUGUUCGUUCUGGGGUUCUCCAUGUUCUCCGGCCUUAUGCUGCCAAAUUACCUGGAAACUCAUCCUGGCAGCAUUAAGACAGGUGUCCCAGAGCUGGAUCAAAUCCUUACAGUUCUCUUGACCACAGAGAUGUUUGUUGGAGGAUUUUUGGGAUUUAUACUGGACAACACCAUACCAGGCACAGCUAAGGAGCGUGGUCUCAUAGAAUGGAAAGCUGACAGCUCCUCUGAUAUAGGAGGUGUGACCUCGAACACAUAUAACUUCCCUGUUGGCAUGGGGCUGGUGAGGCGGCUGGGCUGCCUGCGCUAUCUGCCCAUCUGCCCCACUUUCCAGGGCUUCAAGCCAUGUUGCCGCAGAAAAAGCUUGUGUGAAGAACAGGACUUAAGAGAUGGUGAAGGUGUGGCGAGGAGCACUCCAGAGAGCUUAACCACUAAAGUAUAGCCAGAAACCUGCCCUUUAUUUCUUGAAUGUGUCAUUCUUUUUUCCAAAAGCAAGUAGAUUUUUUCAGAUAAGUCAUAUUUUGUAUGCUAAUGAUUUAUUUUGUAUUUAUUACUCCGUUAUGAGCACUGAACAUUCACAAACUGAAUUGUAAACACAGUACAUACUGUAUAUACCACCUGAAUAGUGGGUAUUAUUUAAUAUAACAUUAACAAAGAUGCUGGAAACAAGGUUUUAUUGGGUAAUUCUUCGUUUGGAAUGGAAAUUCAAGUAGAUAUUUGAUUUGAACUGAUCAUUUAUUCUGAACAUUUUCAUAUACAGCUCUGAAAAAAAAAGAGACCACUUCAGUUUCUGAAUCAGUGUUUCUGAUUUUGCUAAUUAUAGGUUUAUGUUUGAGUAAAAUGAACAUUGUUGUUUUAUUCUAUAAACUAUGGACAACAUUUCUCUCAAAUUCCAAAUAAAAAAUUUGUCAUUUAUAGCAUUUAUUUGCAGAAAAUGGCUAAAAUAACAAAAAAGAGCUUUCAGACCUCAAAUAAUGCAAAAAAAAACAAGUUCAUAUUCAAUAAGUUGAAAGAGUUCAGAAAUCAAUAUUUGGUGGGAUAACCCUGGUUUUUAAUCACAAUUUUCGUCCAUCUUGGCAUAUUCUCCUUCACCAGUCUUACACACUGCUUUUGGAUAACUUUAUUCCACUCCUGGUGCAAAAAUUCAAGCAGUUCAGCUUGGUGGUCUCUUUUAAGUGUUUUUUUUUUUCAGCGCUUUAUAUAUAUGUGGGAUCAUUUUAAAAACCUCAUGUACAUAAUUAAAUUAUAUAACACAAGUGACACAUAGGAAUGAUAUGCUGCCUGAUACAUGAAAUUAGAAAUAAAUUGAUGGUAGUAUAGACCCAGCUUCUUGAGUGCUUUUAUUUUAAUCCACAACCCAAGCUAGCAGUUUAACAAAGCUAAAAAACAUUAUUAUAAAAUGUCAUACAAAAGUACUGAUAACAUUGGUAACAUCAGAAACAUAAAUGUUUGUGACAAAGGUAUUUUUUUAAACAGUACAUAUUGUUAAUGUGUUGAUAAUGUAUUUUGUACACCUGGAUCUGUAAUGAACAUUGGCAUAAGUUAAACCUUUAAAGUACUUUUAUAUUAAAAAUGUUUACUCAAAGGUUGGAAAUGAAUAUGAACAUGAACCAUGAUUAAUGUGUGAAUUUGCGUACUACUCUAGAUUCUUUGCUUCAUAAUGUUAAUAUAUGCAAACCUUUGUGACAUGAUUUUUCCCUCCAAAUUCAGAAUAACUCUUUCCAAAAAUAAAUGAAACAGAAAAACUGUA